AUGGCUUCGUUUCAGAGCUCACUGGCCGUGUCCAUCUUCUGCGUGCUUCUCGAUUAUGGCUGCCUCCUGGGCCUUGCAUACAUUCCGUGGUCUCCAGGAGUGGUGACCCGACGAGACGAGAUUUACACGUUACUGUUCACCACCGUUCUCGACGUGUUUUUCAUCUCCGGACAUAUCAACACCAAGGCACCGGAAGGUUGGUGGUACUCGCAAGAGGCUAACCGAGUGCAGCACUUUCUCAUCAUUUGUGUGACCGGAUCCAUCUUCUUGCGACUCCUGGACUUCUUCAUGAAUCUCAGCAAGGACGAGCAGGAGGCUCUGAUCCGGCUCAUCGAGAAGGGACGCUACGAGAUCCAGCGCAACGUGAUUGCCAAGAUAUUCCUCGCCAUCUGUCUCGCCUUUGGAUUCAGCGAGGCGGUCUAUUAUCUGUUCGUGACGUCAGAUAUUACCUCGGCGAUUAAGAUGGUUAAAGACGAGCUAUAG